AUGGUUGCGGCGGCGGCGGUUUUGGAGGAGGCGAUGCGACGGGGUGCCGGGAGCGUCGGGGACGACGACGUGGCCGCGCGCAGGGCGGAGGAGGCCGCAAUAAGAAGGCAUGAAGCAGCCAGUUGGUUGCGAAAAACGGUUGGGGUAGUGUGUGCAAGGGACCUGCCAGAAGAGCCCUCUGAGGAGGAAUUACAGCUUGGACUGAGAAAUGGCAUUGUCCUCUGCAACGCACUGAAUAAGGUCCAGCCAGACGCCAUACCCAAGAUUGUUGGGGUCCCGUCAGAUACUGCUGUUCCUGCAGAUGGCUCAGCUUUGUGUGCCUAUCAGUACUUUGAAAAUCUGCGAAACUUCCUUGUCGUUAUACAAGAUUUUGGCCUCCCAACAUUUGAGGUGUCUGAUUUGGAGAAGGGUGGCAAAAGUGUUCGAAUCGUGGACUGUAUUCUUGCUCUGAAGUCAUUCAGUGAAAGUAAGAAAACAGGGAGGCAAGCUGCAUGUAAAUAUGGUGGCAUUUCGAAGCCUUUGGCUUCUGGAAAAUAUUUCAUACUUAAGAAUUCUGAUGCUUUUAUGAAUAAGAAUGCGAGAAUCCAUUCAGAAGAGGCUACCCAGAAUGGUUUUCCAGGAGAGCAAAAGUUAUUUCCUGAUUGUUCUCCAGAAUCCUAUGAGACUACUUCAGACUCCCUUAGCACGGUUGUCCGCACAAUUCUCUUAGAUAAGAAACCAGAAGAAAUCCCAUUGAUUGUUGAAACACUACUAAGCAAAGUUAUUCAGGAAUACGAACAUCGCUUUGCAAAUCAGAACUUGAUGGAUGAAGAGAAGCAAAAUAUCUUGACUACAAAGGAGGAGGUCAAUUUUGCAGUAAAUGGUAGUAAUGCAGCUCAAAAGUUCCAACUAAAGGAAGAAAUAAAUUUUGAUCUACAGCACAAACAGAUCAAGGAGUUGAGAGGUACUGUUUCUUCUAUCAAGUCUGGCAUGGAACAACUGAAAUGGCACUACUCUGAGGAGUUCACUAAACUUGGGAAGCAUUUGUACACUCUAUCCGAUGCUGCUUCUGGAUACCAUAAAGUUCUUGAGGAAAAUCGCAAGUUAUACAACCAGAUACAGGAUCUUAAAGGAAAUAUUAGAGUUUAUUGUCGAGUCAGGCCUUUCCUUCCUGGGCAAAUAAGUUCCUUAAGCAGUGUUGCUGGAAUGGAAGAAAGAACCAUUACAAUAAUGACUCCUACAAAAUAUGGAAAAGAUGGAAGCAAAUCUUUCACUUUCAACAAAGUCUUUGGUCCAGCAGCCACUCAAGAUGAGAGUGGACCUAAAGUUUUAACAGAGGAAAGCCUAGGUGUCAACUAUAGAGCAUUAAAUGACUUAUUUAAUCUCCAAGCACAGAGAAAGGGGACAAUAGAUUAUGAUAUUUCUGUACAGAUGAUCGAGAUAUACAAUGAGCAAAAAGGACUUGCAGUUCCAGAUGCAAGCAUGGUUCCUGUCACAUCUACGUCUGAUGUUGUUGAACUGAUGAAUCAAGGCCAAAAGAAUCGUGCAGUGGGUUCAACAGCCAUAAAUGACCGCAGUAGCCGCUCCCACAGUUGUUUGACUGUUCAUAUGCAAGGAAGAGAUUUGACAUCUGGGACAGUUUUAAGAGGUUGCAUGCAUCUGGUGGAUCUAGCAGGCAGUGAAAGGGUUGAUAAGUCUGAGGUUGUUGGAGAUAGACUAAAGGAGGCUCAGUACAUAAACAAGUCACUUUCAGCACUGGGAGAUGUGAUUGCAUCCCUUUCCCAAAAGAACACACAUGUACCUUACCGAAACAGCAAGCUCACCCAGCUCUUGCAAGAUUCACUAGGAGGACAAGCAAAAACGCUUAUGUUUGUUCACAUAAGCCCAGAACUUGACGCUGUUGGUGAGACGAUAAGCACCUUGAAAUUUGCUGAACGUGUUGCCUCUGUUGAGCUUGGUGCAGCAAAACCAAAUAAAGAAGGCAGCGAGAUUAGAGAGCUCAAAGAACAGAUUGCUUUCCUCAAGGCUGCAUUGGCUAAGAAGGAAGGAGAACCGGAGAACAUUCUAAGCACACAGUCAAGCCCAAGCAUAUACAGAAUUAGAAAAGGCAAUGCAACACCUGCAGCUCCAAUGGAAGAAGUUGGGAACCUAGAGGUCCAGAAUGUCUUCACUCCAGCUCAAAAGAGGUCAAAAAUGCAUUUGUCUGGCAUCCUCACUGAGAACAACUCGUCUAACUCAGUUCAGAAUUGCAAUGGUCCUCAGAAGGAAAUAGGAUUAGGGGGUUGGGUUGACAAGAUGGCUCUUGGAGACAACCACUUUGAGAAUUCUAAUUCCAUCCUAGAGUUGGAGCCUGACACAGCACAGCUUCCAACUUCUUUCUAUCAAAUAUACAGUCCUGUGCAACAAAGCUGUAGGACUGAAUCAGUACCAUCGGUGGGUCUACACGGCUUUGAUUCUGCUACUAGCUGUUCCAACCAAGAGAUUGGGAUGUCAACCAUGGGACUAAAAGCUUCUGGUAUUGCCAAUAGAGGCGCCUCAACUAUAAAGCCUGAAGCUACAUCAAUGAGGAGUACAAAUCUGGCAAGCAAGUCUCCACUGUCGCAGAAAAAACUGCAAACACCAACCAGGAACAGGAACCAGCUAACUUUAAGCAGCAUAGGUGGAAGAAGAACACCAAAUGGAAAAAUUGGCAUUGCAAAGUAA